GUCGCCACCGGCCGUGUAGGCAGGAAGUGUAGACUUCAGUUAUGGUGUGAACCAAAUCAUGUCAGACUUGCUGCUGAAAGAGAUGGACGGACUGUCGCUUUCUCGCCAAAAAAAGGACGAAGAUAAAAGCAGCGACAGGAGUUUCCUUUUGGUGGAUGAACAUGAAAAUCUGCAGGUGUGCGACGAGACGCAGUUCCUGGAGAAGCUGGGCUGCCGGGACGUCCCCAGCGUGAAGGUGGUGUCCGUCUUCGGCAACACGGGCGACGGGAAGUCGCACACGCUGAACCACGUGCUGUUCGGCGGGGAGGAGGUGUUCCGCACCUCGCCGCUGCAGAGCUCCUGCACGGUGGGCGUGUGGGCGGCCUACGACCCGGGCCUGCGGCUGGUGGUGCUGGACACGGAGGGCCUGCUGGGCACGGCGGCCGUGGGCGGGCAGAACCAGCGCAUGCGGCUGCUGCUGAAGGUGCUGGCCGUGUCGGACGUGGUGGUGUACCGCACGCGCGCGGAGCGGCUGCACAACGACAUGUUCGAGUUCCUGGGCCGGGCCUCCGCCGCCUACCAGCAGUACUUCACCCCCGAGCUGCGUGACCUGUCCUCCCGCUGCGGCCUGGAGGUGCCCCUCUCCAGCCUGGGGCCCGCCGUCAUCGUCUUUCAGGAGACGUCCCGCACCAAACUGCUGGGGCAUGAGAGCGGGGUGCCCGGGCAGGGUGACUCCCUGCUGCAGAAGCGCUUCCACGACCUGGGGCUGCGCACGGAUGCCUUCAGCUCUGUGCAGUACGUGGGCACCCAGACCAUCAGCCCCCCCACAGACCACUCCCUGCUGCAGCGUGCCGUCCGCCAGCACGUGGGGAACACCUCCACCCGCUCCCCCCGCCAGCCUGCCAUCGUGUACAGGGCCCUACAGGCUCUGAGUGACAGGUUCUGUGGGGAGAUCUCAGAUGACAAGAUCAACCUCUUCUCCUUCUUUCCUGAUGAGUACUUCACCUGCCCCUCCGUCUGCCUCAGCUGCAAUGUGCGGUGUAAGAACGGAAUGAACCACCUGAAGGAUGGCCUCCCCCACAGAGCAGAUGGGCUGUGCCAGUAUGCCCACCAGUACAACAACAAGGUUCUCAUCUGUAAGAAAUGCUACGAGGGGGGCAGGGAGGUCAUCGUCAUCCCCAAGACCUCCGCCUCCACAGACAACCCCUGGUUCGGCCUGGCCAAGUACGCCUGGUCUGGGUAUGUGCUGGAGUGUGCCAGCUGUGGGAUCAUAUACCGCAGUCGUCAGUACUGGCUGGGGAACCAGGACCCGGAGAGCGGGGUGGUGCGUCCCGAGGUCAAGCACGUCUGGCAGGGGUCCGAGGCCUUCCUGACCGACCACCAGAACGCUGCCCAGAGGGUGCUGGACGGGGUGAACUUUGUGAUUCAGUCGGUUUCGGAGUACAGCACCGGCCCCACCAAAGCAGUCACCGCCUGGCUCACAGACCAAGUGGCGCCGCCCUACUGGAGGCCCAACGCUGAAAUUAUGGAGUGCCACGGCUGCAGCAGGGCGUUUGAGGAGGCGGAGAGGAAGCACCACUGCCGCUCCUGUGGGGAGGGCUUCUGCCAGGCCUGCUCCGCCCGCUCCAUGCCCGUGCCCGAGAGGGGGUGGGGCAGCGCCCCCGUCAGGGUGUGUGACACCUGCCACCGCCAGGGAGGGGCCCCCGCCUCCACCGCAGUGACACAGGUAGAGCCGCGGGGGCUGAUGGCCAGGAGGGUGACAGAAGUGGCCCAGUCCACCCUGGAGAUGGUGACCACUGCGGUAGACUACCCCCUGGGGCUGGUGAAGAGUGUGGCCAGGCCGGAGUACUGGGUCCCGGACCACGAGAUCACGCAGUGCCACCAGUGCUCCAAGACCUUCACCCCCAACAUGUCCAAACACCACUGCCGUGCGUGCGGGCAGGGCGUGUGCAGCGGCUGCUCCGCCCAGACCCGCCCUGUGCCGUCCCGCGGCUGGGACCACCCCGUCCGCGUCUGCCACGGCUGCGCCAGCCGGAAGGGCAGCCUGUAGAGGGGCCGACCCGACACGCGCCCCGCCCCUGUCCCUCACGGCCUCUCUCCCCCGCACCCUGCCCCUGUCCCUCACGCCCUCUCCCCAUCCCCCGCGCCCUGCCCCUCUCUCUCACACC